UAUUCAAAUUUGAAUUUAUCUUAGAAGGUGUCUUAAUAAACGCCUUCUUUCUUCUUCUUCUCCCUUUCUUUGCUUUUUCGAAUUUUCUUAAGCGAGAAUGAGAGAGUGCAUUUCGAUUCACAUUGGUCAGGCCGGUAUCCAGGUCGGAAACGCCUGCUGGGAGCUUUACUGCCUCGAGCAUGGAAUCCAGCCUGAUGGUCAGAUGCCAAGUGACAAAACUGUCGGAGGAGGUGAUGAUGCUUUUAACACCUUUUUCAGUGAAACUGGUGCUGGGAAGCACGUCCCUCGUGCCGUCUUUGUGGAUCUUGAACCCACUGUUAUUGAUGAAGUGAGAACUGGUGCUUACCGCCAGCUCUUCCACCCAGAACAACUCAUCAGCGGCAAGGAAGACGCAGCUAACAACUUUGCCCGUGGUCACUACACUAUUGGCAAGGAGAUUGUUGACCUCUGUUUGGACCGCAUCAGGAAACUUGCUGAUAACUGCACUGGUCUUCAAGGGUUCCUUGUUUUCAACGCUGUUGGUGGAGGUACCGGGUCCGGUCUUGGUUCUCUCCUUUUGGAGCGUUUGUCUGUCGAUUAUGGCAAGAAAUCCAAGUUGGGUUUCACUGUCUACCCAUCUCCUCAGGUCUCCACUUCUGUUGUUGAGCCUUACAACAGUGUUCUCUCAACUCACUCCCUUUUGGAGCACACUGAUGUGGCUGUUCUCCUUGACAAUGAAGCUAUCUACGACAUUUGCAGGCGUUCUCUUGACAUUGAGCGGCCCACCUACACCAAUCUUAACCGUCUUGUCUCCCAGGUCAUUUCCUCCUUGACUGCCUCACUGAGGUUUGAUGGUGCCUUGAAUGUCGAUGUGACUGAAUUCCAAACCAACUUGGUUCCCUACCCAAGAAUCCACUUCAUGCUUUCCUCGUAUGCUCCAGUCAUCUCUGCUGAGAAGGCUUACCACGAGCAGCUCUCAGUUGCUGAAAUCACCAAUAGUGCCUUUGAGCCCUCAUCUAUGAUGGCUAAGUGCGAUCCACGCCAUGGAAAGUACAUGGCUUGCUGUUUGAUGUACCGUGGUGAUGUUGUUCCCAAGGACGUCAAUGCUGCAGUCGCCUCCAUUAAGACCAAGCGCACCAUUCAGUUUGUCGAUUGGUGUCCUACUGGAUUCAAGUGCGGUAUCAACUACCAACCACCCACUGUUGUCCCUGGUGGUGAUCUCGCCAAGGUCCAGAGAGCUGUUUGCAUGAUUUCUAACUCCACCAGUGUUGCUGAAGUCUUCUCUCGCAUUGACCAUAAGUUUGAUCUUAUGUAUGCCAAACGUGCCUUCAUUCACUGGUAUGUUGGUGAGGGUAUGGAAGAAGGAGAAUUCUCAGAGGCUCGUGAGGAUCUUGCUGCAUUGGAGAAGGAUUAUGAAGAAGUUGGUGCUGAGUCGGCUGAGGGUGAUGAGGGUGAAGAUGAUGAGUACUAAAGAAGUACCUGUGAUUGAGUGUGCGUAUGAUGUCUUUUAUUACCUGUUGCUUCCGUGUUAUGCAAGCUUCUAUUCUUUGAAGCUUGUUAAAGACUUGAAAUGGUUUACUGUAUGUUAUGCUUUUUCAUGUUUUAUUUGUGUUUGGGUUGAAACUUGAUAUUUUUGUUGUCUUUAUUGGAAGUAAAUUGUUAAGGGAACUUGUAAAUGCCCAACAGGUAUAAUGGAUUCAUGUGGUUAUUUGA